AUACCACUACACCACACAGACUACUGGGAAGACCUGGUGGAAAAUAAGAGAACCAAGGUUUACAAAAACAGUUUUAAACUACAUUAUCCAGGUAAAGUCAUUACCCAUAAAGCCACACACUUCCUUCAGACUCACAACCAAUAGAUAGGCAGUUUUGAGACAGACAGGUAUAGUUACCAAUUAUACAGAACCUCCUUAUUUUAGCUCCACCCCUAAUUUAACCUAGAUCCCACCCCAGAGCUUAUUUAAGGAUAUGGAUGGGAACAAAAAGCGUAUGUCCUCUGAAGAAGCAGGAUUCCCUGCGAAACGUUAGGACGUCGAACUCAAAAAGCACCGUGAACUGCACAUCAAAAAGAUACUGUUUGACGGGGAAAACAUUGCCAAUUUUUGUGUCCUGUUUUACACAAAAAAAUUUUUUAAUGGAGAAAAAUCCUUUUUAAACCGUUUUGUGAGUACUCACAUUUUUAAACCCUUUCUUUUUUUUGGGUUUUUAUUCCCCCCUCCCUUUUUUUCGGUUUUAUUCCCCCUUCUUUUUGGAGUACAACACCCAAGCCAGAGGGGCCUACAAAACUUCCUGUUUGGUGAACUCCUAGGCCGCUUAGGCCUUCUGAGUCCGAGUAAAGACGACACAAACCUUGUGGCAAGUUCUCCACAGAUGCAUUUAUCGAAAAGCAAUGGAACACCUCGGCCUUUAAACAACAACUCCGAUAAGACCAAGGGGGAGCCGACCCAGGGGGAUAGGAAGCAGGAGAGGAAGGAGGUGAUGAAUGGGUCUACAGAAAGGAAGACCACGUCCUUGAGAAAAGCCCGAUCUGAAUCCUCCCUUUCCCUUUCCCCUUCCUCUUUCUCGUUGACUCCCCUGCAUGUGGAACAUCCGGACAGGGUGGAGCCCCAAAUAAAAACCUGUGAAGUGAGGAACCAUUGGGUUCCUACUAGACAUCCUAACACCACUAGAAAGAUUGCAGAUUGGACACUGGAAGUAAAGAAACCAGUUUUGUUUAUAGGGGACUCCAACCUGUCCAGAAUUCCCUAUUUUAGUGACGAAAAUGUUCAGGUGGAUAGUUACCCUGGAGCCAACUUUUUACAUAUAGCCAAAGUGUUACAAAAAUUAACCCCUAAUCCAAACACUCAAAAAGUCGUCCUAUCAUUAGGAAUCAAUAAUAGAGAACAAACAUUCGAAAGUACAACAAAAAAACAGUUGCAAGAGCUGUGGAGAAUUGCUGCAGUGGUUUUUCCCAAUGCCACGAUCUACACCCCAUUAUUAAACUACUCGGAUAUCCUACCUAGACGACAACAAGAAACUCUAACAAAACUGAACACUCAUAUACUGGCACAUGGUAAUCCAUUGCAGGAACUUCACCCACUUAGGUUCAAGGUGAACCCGAGGGACCCUAUCCACUGGACCACGGAAACGGCUUCGCAAAUGUUUACAUACUGGUUGGAUCAGUUAAACUUUUAGGAAUGGUGAAGUGCAAUAAAACAGACAACAAAAAGCACACCAACAUCAUUAACCUAUCCAAAACGUUUUGUCUCACAGGUCCGCAGGAGGAUUUACUCAGCAAGGGUCUCACCUUCAUCCCGACGCCAUGCGGUACGGACUUGGGGGAGCUGGGGAGGGAUGUCCACGCUUACAAUAGACAACUUAAAAUUUUAGACCACUUCCAAUACACAAAAUGUAAAGAACACUUACAGUUUACAGAAAAAUCCAGAUGGGAACCGAGCACCGAACAGACCAGUUUACCUAUAAAGCAGUUGAUUAAAAAGAACAGGAUGAUUAUCAAUUCUCUUUCAGAUUUUUCCAACAAUCAAGCAGAUAAUUUAACCGCCACAGAACGCAGAGCACUCAAAGAAUUACAAACCAACAGAGAUAUAAUAAUUAAACCGGCAGAUAAAGGCUCAGCGAUCGUCAUAAUGGACAAACAACAAUACUUACUAGAAGCAAAUAGACAAUUAAACAAUACCAAUCAUUACACUUUACUUCCACACUCAUUACAACAGGAAACACAAUCAUUGGUAACAUCCAUUUUACAGGACUUAAAACAGAAAGGCUUCAUUAACACUAAACAGUUUAAUUACCUUAUUGGUCCAAACCCACCAAGGCAGCGGAAAUUUUAUCUAUUGCCCAAAAUUCAUAAAGACCCACAGGCGUGGACAGUCCCUUCCGAGGUUCCACAGGGACGCCCGAUUGUGUCGGAUUGUGGGAGUGAGACCUACAAUGUGGCACAAUACAUUGAUUAUUUCCUCAAUCCUGUCUCACAACUUCAUCCCAGUUACUUAAAAGAUACAUAUGACUUUAUAAACAAAAUCAAGAACAUGACAAUUCCAGACUCGGCCUUCCUAUUCACUGUGGAUGUGGAAAGCCUUUACACAAAUAUCAGUACAGAGGCAGGAUUGCAGGCAAUAAUGAAAUGUUUUAACAGACAAUUUCUGAGCUUUUACCUCAACCCCAACCAUCAUUCCGCACCUGGGUUGGACCGGAACCUCAACUCCAAAACCUUAUUUCGAAUCCUAACCUCAACCCCCUAA